AGCAGCAGCGCUUCUCUUCCCCCCCUCUCUUUCUCUCUCUCCCCCACCCCUUCUCUCUCUUUCUUCUUUAGUUUGCUUUUGGCAAAAAAGAGAAAAGCAAACCCUUUUCUUUGCUGUUUCCUCCCCGACUCAGAAACAGCCGGUUGUAAUACUCCUCCCUCCCCCCUCCCUCCCUCCCCUCCCCGGCUCUAUCGAGGCUUCCAGCCCGGGAUUGCGAGCUCCUGGCCCGGCGGUGUUGCCUGCCAGCCUCGCUGCCUCUUCCCCUCUGCCUCUUGUCUCCCUUCUUUUCCAAUCUUGCUGCAUUUUUACACUGGAGACGAGAAGGAAGCCACCCUUUCUCAUUUUUUUUAAUGUCCUUUUAUUAUUUCGCCUGUUUUUAUUUGAUUUGAGAGAGGGAGGGAGGGGGAAAGGGAGUGCUUUGUAAGGAAGUUAAAAAAAAAAGUGUCUACAUUACAACAAUGAAGAGAGAUGACUAGAAUCCGAGGGACACAGACUGAGACACACAUCCAACCCGGUCUCUGGAAUACGCCUACCGUCUCCAGUCUGAUUGAUCAUCCUUCCGCAAUGAGCAGGCAGCAGCCACCUUGCCUGACACACUACUGAACGGUGGAGGCCUGUGGACACCGUACUGUGGACGUCUGUCUGGAGGAUCCGGGGAGCAGGCGGUUCAAUAGCGAGCGGUCGGACAGGUCAACCUGUGCAGGGUCGGGGUGGACGGGCCGAGAGCUCCCUGCCUCCAGCGCACUAAGUGAUAUACUUUUCAUGGAGUUUUCUCAGCAAAUACUUGGAACAUUUUUGUGCCGUUGAGAUCAAAUGUGUCCACAACUGAGAGGGGAGCGGGGAGAAGAGGGGAAGAAACCAACCCAUGACGCAUUCGACUAAGUAGGGCACAUUCAUCCAGGCACAGAUCAUUAUUAGGUUACUGAACGACCAUGGCGAAAGCGUAUGAGUUCAUGUGGCAAAAAAGGGUUCCUUCCUUUAUGCAAGAGGGUGCCGUCUUCGACAGAUAUGAAGAGGAACCGUCUGUGUUCGAACCAAACUGUCUUGUGAAAGUGGAUGAAUUUGGAUUCUUCCUCACCUGGAAAAGUGAUGGAAAGGAAGGACAAGUGCUGGAAUGUUCCAUGGUCAACAGCAUUCGAUAUGGGAAUAUCCGCAAGGAUCCCAAAUUACUGUCUGCGCUGGAGGCAGUGGGAAAAGCGGAAAACGAGCUGGACGGAAGGAUAUUUUGCAUUUGUUGCGAUGCAGACCUGGUGAACAUCAGCUUUACGUAUCUGGUGGCUGAGAGUGCUGACACGGCCAAGCAUUGGGUUGAGGGAUUGAAAUCGAUUGUCCACAACUUCAAAGCGAACAGUGUCUGCCCUAUGACCUGUCUCACAAAACACUGGAUGAGAUUAUCGUUUCUGACUAAUGUAAAUGGAAAGAUUCCAGUAAGGAGUAUUACCAGAACUUUUGCAUCAGGCAAGACAGAAAAGGUGAUAUUUCAGGUAUUGAAAGAACUCGGUUUUCCAAGUGGCAAGAUUGAUGAGAUUGAGCCAGCUGUUUUCACCUUUGAUAAGUUUUAUGCACUAACUCAAAAAAUUUGCCCGCGCACUGACAUCGAAGAACUAUUCAGGAAACUCAAUGGAGACAAAACUGAUUACUUAACUGUAGACCAAUUAGUCAGCUUUCUGAAUGAAAAUCAACGAGAUCCUCGUCUGAACGAGAUUCUGUUUCCCUUCUAUGAUACCAAAAGAGCAAUGCAGAUCCUCGAGCACUAUGAACCCGAUGAAGCGUUGAGGAAGCAAGCCAGGAUGUCGUCCGAUGGGUUCUGCAGGUACCUGAUGUCGGAUGAAAAUGCACCAGUCUUCCUCGACCGCUUGGAGCUGUAUCAAGAAAUGGACCAACCCCUCUCGCACUAUUUCAUCAGCUCCUCACACAACACCUAUCUCACGGGUCGGCAGUUUGGAGGCAAGUCUUCAGUGGAGAUGUACAGACAAGUCCUUCUGUCUGGCUGCAGAUGUAUUGAAUUAGAUUGCUGGGAUGGGAAAGGGGAGGACCAAGAGCCAAUAAUAACACACGGCAAGGCGAUGUGCACAGAUAUUCUUUUUAAGGAUGUAAUACAAGCCAUCAAGGAGACGGCAUUUGUAACAUCACAAUACCCCGUUAUCCUCUCAUUUGAAAAUCACUGCAGCAAACCCCAGCAGUACAAGAUGGCCAAGUACAGUGAAGAAAUCUUUGGAGACCUUCUCUUGAAGCAGCCGCUGGAAAACAACCCACUAGAUGCCGGCAGACCCCUGGCAUCUCCGAACGACCUGAAGAGAAAAAUACUCAUCAAAAAUAAGAGGUUAAAACCUGAAGUAGAGUCAAAGCAGCUUGAGACGUUUAAAAGCCUGAUGGAGGGCGGGGAAGCCACCAGCCCAGCCAGCAUGUUGGAGGAUGAAAACGAGGAGGAAAUCGAAAACGCUGACCUAUCAUCGAUUUCGGUUGACCAAGAUGAAGCACAUCCUGAAUUGAAAAUCAAUAGUGAGCUUUCUGCAGAUGACAUAACUCAGGAGAAAGAAGCACUUGUUAAUAGUGUGAAGAAGGUAAUCGAAGACACUGAACCGGAGAGUAACAAAAAGGGAACUAUAACUGUAGAAGAUGAACAGGCCUGGGUAUCAUCCUAUACUUAUGUUGGAGCCACCACCAAUAUACAUCCCUACUUGUCCGCCAUGGUCAACUAUGCCCAGCCAGUGAAAUUUCAAGGCUUUAAGAUUGCAGAAGAGCGAAAUAUCCACUACAAUAUGUCCUCGUUUAAUGAGUCGGUUGGACUGGGAUAUCUGAAGACACACGCGAUAGAGUUCGUCAAUUAUAAUAAGCGACAAAUGAGCCGCAUUUACCCCAAGGGUGGUCGCGUGGAUUCCAGCAAUUACAUGCCUCAGAUCUUCUGGAACGCUGGCUGCCAGAUGGUCUCCCUGAACUUCCAGACUCCAGAUUUAGCCAUGCAGUUAAAUCAGGGAAAGUUUGAAUACAAUGGAUCGUGUGGUUAUCUCCUGAAGCCUGAUUUCAUGCGGCGACCAGACCGGACCUUUGACCCGUUCUCCGAGACCCCGGUGGACGGUGUGAUUGCAGCUACCUGCUCUGUAAAGGUGAUAUCGGGACAGUUUCUAUCAGAUAAGAAAAUCGGCACGUAUGUAGAGGUGGACAUGUACGGUCUCCCCACUGAUACAAUACGCAAGGAGUUCCGUACGCGGAUGGUGAUGAACAACGGUUUGAACCCAGUGUACAAUGAGGAGCCAUUUGUAUUCAGGAAGGUAAUUCUGCCUGACCUGGCGGUAUUGAGGAUAGCAGUGUACGAUGACAACAACAAGUUGAUUGGCCAGCGGAUCUUGCCUUUGGAUGGGCUUCAAGCUGGCUGCAGGCACAUCUCGCUCCGAAAUGAAGGCAACAAGCCCCUGUCUCUGCCCACAGUCUUCUGUAACAUUGUGCUGAAAACAUACGUUCCGGAUGGCUUUGGAGAUAUCGUUGAUGCUCUGUCAGAUCCGAAGAAAUUUUUGUCUGUGAUGGAGAAGCGGGCUGACCAAAUGCGGGCAAUGGGAAUUGAAACUAGCGAUAUCGCGGAUGUGCCGAGCGACAACACCAAAAACGACAAGAGAGGGAAGGCCAAUACGGCGAAAGCAAGUGUCACGCCACAGAGCAGCUCGGAACUGCGGCAAAAUUCAACGGCCGGGCAAGGAGUCGGAAACGAUGCAAAGAAAGAUAUGACACUCGUACCUCAGGUGAAUAUUGAGGACUUGAAGCAGAUGAAGGCCUAUCUAAAGUUGCAGAAGAAGCAACAAAAAGAACUGAGUGCAACAAAGAAAAAGCAUGGCAAGGAUCACUGUGCCACACAGAAGUCACAUUGUAUGCAGGUGGACAAACUUGUAGCCCAGCAUGACAAGGAGAAAUUAACCCAAGAGAAGAUCUUGGAGAAGGCAAUCAAGAAAAAGGGAGAAAACAAUUGCGUUGAUUUGAAGAAGGAAACCGAGAUCAAAAUAGAAACCUUAUCUUCAGAUCACAAAUUAAAGGUGAAAGAGAUAGUCACCCAGCAGACCAAGGAGUGGUCGGAGAUGUUAAAUGUUCAUUGUGCAGAGGAACAGGAGCAAAGGGACCUUCACUUGAGCCAACAAUGUGAUUUGUUAAAGAAACUCCUCAUGAACAUGCACGAGCAGCAAAGCCAGCAUCUCAAACUCAUCCAUGAUCGGCACAGCAAAGAAAUGCGAGCUAAUCAAGCCAAGAGUUCCAUGGAGAACAGCAAAGCCAUAAGCCACGAUAAAAGAAUCAAAAAUAAAGCUGAAAGGGAAAGGCGGGUGAGAGAGCUGAACAGCAGCAACACUAAAAAGUUCCUGGAAGAACGGAAACGGCUCGCAAUGAAGCAAUCCAAGGAAAUGGACCAAUUAAGGAAAGCUCAGCUCGAACAACUGGAGGGCUUGGAAAGACAAAAUGAUCAGCUGCUGAAAUCAUGUCAUGCAGGGUGUGUCUUCCAAGGCAAAAGAGAUGCGGAAGAUGGUGAAGCUGGAGGCAGAAAUGGCUCGUCGACCAGCGACAGUGGUCUGAAUUCCCCAGAAGCCGACUGAGGCGACACGCAACCGUCACGCACACAACGAAUGACGACGUCCAAACACCGCCGACCCCCCCCCCAUCCACGACUUCGCCAUCUCUUCUUACCUCACGAACCUUUUUUGUCGCCAUCUAUUUCCAGUAUCAAAGAUUCGACAUACACUGAUACAAGUGGCUUCGAUGUCAAGAGCACUUUAAAGAUUGUUAAUUCCAUUUAAUACGUGUCCCCAAGUAAUGUUACUUUCAUCGCCAAUUCCUGGUUAAGGUAGUCCGUAAAGCCAGUGUCGGGAUUUCAUUUCGAGUUCAAGUUCAGAUUCACAUUUAUUGUCACCGAUUAAGGUGCAGUGAUAUUUGAGUUACCAUACAGCCAUACAAGUAAAAAUGGAAACACAAUACACAAUACAUUUAGCAUAAACAUCCACCACAGUGGAAUCCCCAUUCCUCACCGUGGUGGAAGGUUAUAAAGUCCAGUCAUCUUCCUCCUUUGUUCACCUGUGGGUGGUCGAGGCUUUUGAACCAUCAGCGUUGCCUCUGACUACAGUCCGCUGUUCAAGUGGUUUAACUAACAGCUGUUAGAUGGUAAAAUGGUAACUUCAGCGGGAAAGGAACUGCAGAUGCUGGUUUAUACCCAAGAUAGACGCAAAGUGCUGGGGGCAACUCAGCGGGUCAGGCAGCAUCUCUUGAGUAAAAAGGAUGGGUGACGUUUCAUGUCGGGACCCUUCCAGCAUAGCAGGUACGGGGAUGGAGUGGUGGAAAGUCAAAGAACUAUAAAUGAAAUGCACAGGAAUGGAAAGGUUACACAACAGGACCUACCUUGUGAUCUGCAAAGAAGUCUUUUUUUAUCCAAUGUGAUCAGUGUCUAAAUGUGCAAUCAUUCCCAAUAUAUAUAUAUAUUCAGUCUGAAAAAGGGUCCCAACCCGAAACGUCGCCUGUCCGUUCCCUCCACAGAUGCUGCCUGGCCCGCUGAGUUACUCCAGCACUUUUACUCAUAUAGAUAUGGGCCAGAUACUUUAGGGUAGCGCAGCGGGUAGAGCUGCUGCCUCACAGCGCCAGAGGCCAUGGUUUGAUCCCGACCUUGGGAGCUGUCUGUGUGGAGUUUGCACGUUCUCCGUGACCGCGUGGGUUUCCUCUGACUGCCUCACUUCACCCAAACACGUGCAAGUUUGCAGGUGAAUCGACCCUCUGUAAAAUCGCCCCUAGUGUGUAGGGAGUGGAUGAGAAAGUGAGAUACCAUAGAACUAGUGCGAUGGUCAGCAUCACCAUGGUGGGCCGAAGGGCCUGUUUCCAUGCUGUAUCUCUAGAUUAAAGAUACGCACACCAUUGCUGGUCUGGCUGUAGAACUCUUUAUCAAUUAUAUUUAAAUUAUAAGAUAUAUUACUCAUGAUUUGAGGUGUCUAGGCCAUAAUUACAGUUUCAACGAGAAAGAUCUUGCCCGUGUAAUAUAUUGCCAAAACCUUUUCACCCUCCAAGUACACGGGAUGGCACGGUGGCGCAGCGGUAGUGUUGCUGCCUUACAGCGCCAGGAACCUGGGUUUGAUCUGGCUACUUGUCUGUACGGAGUUUGUACCUUCUCCCCGUGACCUGCGUGGGUUUUCUCCUAAGACGUGCAGGUUUGUAGGUUAAUUGGCUUCGGUAAAGAUUGUGAUUUGUGUCCCUAGUGUGUGAAGGAUAGUGCUGGUGUACGGGGACCCGUGGUCAGCGCGGAGCCAGUGGGCUGAAGGGCCUGUUUCCGCGCUGUGUCUCUAAAAAUAUUAACCAAACUACAAGACAAAACAUUGAUUUAUCAUAAUUGGUUAUAAAAGUAGAAACGGUUUCAAGGAGGUGGUUCACUAUUCCCCACAUCAACAACAACAAACACCACAUCCAGAAAAAUUCAACUCGGCAUCAGUUUUACGCACUAUAACAAUAACAGUAUCGAACCCUACUUCGCCACUAAUGUAACCAUUCCUUGUGUUACACAAUACACAAUACACAAUACAAUUUAUUUGUCACUUAAACCUCAUAGAGGCUCAAAUGAAAUGUUGUUUCUGCAGUUAUACACACAUGAAAAAAAAGACCCAAGACACAACACAAUUUACACAGACAUCCAUCACAGCGCAUCUCCUCCUCGCUGUGAUGGAAGGCAAAAACUUAUGUUACAGGUCUCAUUACACAGUCCUGCAUAAUAAAUUAAUAUAUUGUACCAAAAAAACAAAAAUAAUUGAGAAACAGUGAAUCAGGGAGUCCCAAUUAAUAUUCUAGGCACAUAAUGUGAACAAAUUCUAUAUUAUUACACUUGUGCAGGAAUGUCGAGGGUCUAUUUCUGAUCAAUAGCAAAUAAUAAAACGUCAAACAUUAUUUUCUGAGGUUUGGACAAAGAUUUGGAGUAAGAUUCUUGUAAUCCAGCCAGCAAGUCAGAAAGAAAAAUACGCAUCACUCUGCACCAGAGAUUCAAGAAUCACUUUCCUUGUAAGUGAAUGAGUGGUGUUCUUCGGGAAAAAAGUUGAAAUUCAAAGCAUUUCCCAUUUGGCUAGUGAAACACUGAACAGAGGCAAAUAAUUUAUGAUAAUAUGUCUUUAAAUGUAACAUUAAAUGAUCAUCGUUAAGAAUGCUGCUUGUAGCAAAGUGCGAGGAUCGCUAAAAUGCACCAUCUCUUGUAAAACGCUUUGAAGAGAGGGGUCAAAUCUGUGUCGAAAAACUAUUUUAAAAUGUUGUUGCCAAAUGAUGUUAUCUGAUGUACAUUAAUGAUCGAAACACUUUUUUUUUUUUCCAUUUUGACAGAAGCGCCGUACAACAGAAAGCAAACUUAGUAACGUUGAAAAUAUUGUCAUGAAAUAUUGUCUGUAAAUAUGUAUUAAUACCAUACCCAUCAUUUAAGACCAAAAUGUGUUUUAAGGCAUAUCAAUUAUACUAAGGGCUGUGUAAUUGUGUAAAACUUGCAGACUUGCUAAGAAUAUAUUUGUCUAUCGGAAUGCAAAAUUUGUGUUAUCAGCCAUUUUGAGGAAUCCUUCUCCAGCAAGCCAUUUACCCCAGUAUAACAGGUAGCUAUGACAGCACAUCCAUUAUGGUAUUGUAUAUGUAGGUAUUACCGAAAUGUAUUGCAUAACUACUGUAACAAUCCUUUCGACGUACCUCUGAUGAAACUAACUGGUACUAGAAUUGCUGCUUUCACAAGGAAACAAAGUGCAAUGUCAAAACAUUGGAAUCAUCUAAAUUCUGCAACUCGGGUAUAUAGAUUUUAAAAGCAAAAUUCUAUUUGCUGGUAGAUAACGCCUUUAAAUGGCUGUUUUACAUUGAAUGAUUGUCCCGCUGCUUAUAGAAUUAGCGAUAGUAGGUUUGCUGAGAAAUCAUGUAUUGGUUUUGUUUAAAUAUAUAUAUUAUAUAUAGAAAGAGAGAUUUGGUGAAAGGUGUUUUAUAUUUAUAUUGUGUCUCAAAUUACAAGGUAGAAGAUCAUGAACCUUAAUCAAUGUCCUCUUGAUUCUUUAAUACGAUUUUAUAGUUUCUGUACCCCCAUUAUAAUUAAACAAACAAAACUGAGAAGUCAGUGGCUGGCUGGAGUACUGUUUUAUAGAAAAGCCAAUAGUGAAAGGGCUGGAUAGAGUGGGUGUGGAGAGGACUUUUUCGCUAGUGGAAGAGUCUAGGACCAGAGGGCACAGCCUCAGAAUAAAAGGACGUUCCUUUAGAAAGGAGAUGAGGAGGAAUUUCUUUAGGCACAGGGUGGUGAAUCUGUGGGAUUCAUUGCCACAGACGGCUGUGGAGGCCAAGGCGAUGGAUAAUUUUAAGGCAGAGAUUGAUAGAUUCUUGAUUAGUACGGGUGUCAGGGGUUAUGGCAGGAGAAUGGGGUUAGGAGGGAGAGAUAAUCAGCCAUGAUUGAAUGGUGGUGUAGACUUGAUGGGCCGAAUGGCCUAAAUCUGCUCUGAUAACAUAGAACAUAGAAACAUAGAAAUUAGGUGCAGGAGUAGGCCAUUCGGCCCUUCGAGCCUGCACCGCCAUUCAAUAUGAUCAUGGCUGAUCAUCCAACUCAGUAUCCCGUACCUGCCUUCUCUCCAUACCCCCUGAUCCCCUUGGCCACAAGGGCCACAUCUAACUUAUGAAAUAAUCAUCCUGUAUAUCACAGUUUUUUUUGCAAUUAGAAGCAAACUUCUUGGAACUAUUUACAAAUUUUGCUUCAGCAUAAUACAGUCACUGUAAGAAUAAUACGAGUUUUAAUUUCCGAAAACAUAUUCAGAUUGGUGUUGAAAAGAAAAAGCAAGAAUAGAAAAUAUACUGUUAGUGCUACAUUCGAAUCAUUUUUCACUCCUAAGUUUUAAAGAGGUAAAUAAACCCAGUUUAGGUUCAAAAUGAUUUGAAUGCCAGUUAUGGUUAGUUUAGAGAUACAGCACGGAAACAGGCCCUUCAGCCCACGCAGUCCUCGCCAACCAGUGAUCCAUGCACACUCAUGCUAUCCUACACGCAUUCGUGACAAUUUUACAAUUAUACCAAGUCAAUUAACCUCCAAACCAGCACCUCUUUGGAGUGUGGGAGGAAACCGGUGCACCCGGAGAAAACCCACGCAGGUCACGGGGAGAACGUACAUACUCCGUGCAGGUAAGCACCUAUAGUCAGGAUCGAACCCAUGUCUUUGGCGCUGUAUAGCAGCAACUCUACCCCUGCGCCACCGUGCCGCCCAUAUACCUCACACAAUAACUGCAUAUCAUCUGCCCAAGAGUUAAAAAAAAAUCUAGUGCCCCCCCCAAUGUCCCAUAGAUAAGAGGUGAGUGGUCCUGAGCUACUAUCUACCUCAUUGGAGAUCUUCCAACUAUCUUUAACCAUCUUUCGCUGGAUUUUAUCUUGCCCUAGCUCUUGUGUAUGCCCCAGCUGAGUACUGCGCACCUGUAUGGAGUAGUAGUAGACAUACUAGCCUGGUAGACACGAGCCUGAACAGCACCUUGCGAACCAUCACUGGGUGCCUUCAACCUACUCCAGUCGAGCAGCUCCCUAUACUUGCAGGAAUUCUGCCUACAGGGAUUCGAAGGCAAGCAGCAACUCUGGCACUAUCUCGUCAUGCCAUGGACCCAGAUCACCUCCUCCAUCAGGCUAUCAGCAGAGAGCAGAGGCCACCCCGACUGAAGUCCCGUCACCCAUUUGCUCCACAUGGAAAACAACUCCGAGCAUCCAUCCAGCCAACUGAGACAAAACUCACUGGAUAGCCACCAAGUGGUCACAGGAGUGGAAGGCAACCUCAUCUCCAUUACACAGCUACAUCUCUUCACCACAUAGAAGCUGU